AUGUGUCAUCGGUGUAACGUGGUUGCAAACUUAACCUACAAUAGAGUGAUUUGAAUUGCUCUGCAAUGUCACUCCAGUUCGAAAAGUUGUGUUCGUUGAUUUUAUUGGAGCAUUUUGGGGAAAUUAUUCAAAAAGUUGGAAAUGAUUUAUACAAGUGUCAGUCAAAGCCAUUGAACUUGAUAGUAGGAAGUACGAAACUGCCUUUUCAAAAGGUGAAACAGGCUUUGCGAAUCAUGAUUCAGUAUGGAUUUGUGACAUUUGCUGAGGGACAGUUUCCUGACAAAGCAGAAUAUACAUUGUUAGCUGAUAAAGUCAUUCUUCUACUUCGUUAUCCCAGAUAUUUGUUGUUAAUGAAGACACAAUAUGGUGAUGAGGCAGAAAUGCUAGUAGAAGAAAUCCUUAGACGAGGCCAGGAUACUGCCUCAUCUGUUAUCAUUAGAGCAGCUACAAGACUGAAGGAAUCACUGAAAGUGGAGAAAGUAUGUUUGGUGACACUACAUGAUAAGUUUUCGGUUCUUGUAAAUAAACAAUUCCUGAUGCGCUGCCCAUCACCUGAUGAAGAGAAAGGUGUCCCAGUCUUGACAAUAAAAGAAAAGCUGUUAUAUCUUCCACCAGAACUCAACUUGAAAGGUCUUGCAGAUAUUGAAGAAGGGAAGCCAGGUGAUCCAGGAGAUGGGGGUAUCUAUUGGAGGGUGAAUUUUGACAGAUUCCAUCAGGACUUCAGAGAUCAGAUCAUGGUGUCUGCCAUUUCCCGACGGUGUGAUGAUAAUGCUGGAGAAUUGUUGAAGGAACUUCUUAAGCAGAUGUAUCUAAGAACAGAGGCUUGGGCUGCCACUUCAAAUCCUGUUCCAUUCACAGAACUACGGGAAGCAGUGCGCAAACAGAGCUCUCGUCCUCUUUUGGGGCAGUAUAUAGAACAGUACUUGAAGGUUAUGGAGGAGGAUUCUAGUGGAUUUGUUAGCAAGGUUGGAGACAGUUCAGGUGGACAGUACAGCAUAAACAUGAAGACAGCUUUCGUUCAGCUUACGUGGGCAACCAUUGAAAAUAUUGUAAUGGAGAGGUUUGGCUCCAAAGGUGCAAGAAUCUUCAGGCUAGUGAGAGCAAAAAAGUUUGUCGAGCAAGAGCAGAUCCAGCAAGUGGCAAUGAUCCCUGCAAAGGAAGCUAAACUUCUAACUUACAGGUUACUUGAAGAAAAUUUCCUGCACAUACAAGAAUUACGUAAAUCAUUAGCCAACAAUGUACCAAACAAAACAUUCUUUCUUUUCCACAUAGAUUUAAAUCAGGUAGCUCGAAUGGUUCUUGAAAUGUGUUACAAGGCCCUUUAUAAUGCUAUGGUCAGAAGGGAACAUGAGAGGUCUGAGAAUCGAAGGAUGGUUGAGAAGCAACAGAGAAUUGAGUCGAUUACUCUCACCAUGAGAGAGCAAGGUGCGACUGCUGAACAGCUGGCAGAAAUAGAAGAAAUGCUGACACCACCAGAGCAGGCACUGCUUGAAAAAGUUCGCACAAUGAUCAACAAGUUGAGUGAAGCAGAGCUCCAGUUAGAUGAGACUAUGUUCAUUCUACAACUUUAUUUAAGUUACCAGGUCUGAUUACUGUGCUGUAUAGUUUUAUGUGUGACUAGCAAGCCAAGUAAAGGACUGAAGUGUUUUUAUGUUGCCACUUCAAUUUCUCCCAUGAAUGAUAACUGAAUUAGUAAGGAGAUGAAAUUUGUGUAAAGUAAUAUAUGUACGACUGUCUGCAUAGAGCUCAGCCCUUCUUGAGAACCCACCAGUUGUGCAGCUACUCAAGAGUUUCCUAACAGUUUAUGGAAC